AUGACAGCGCGUCACACACUCGUGUGUGUUUUGGGGAAGUGAGCGUGUGUGUGUGUGUGUAUAUGUGUGUGUGUAUAUGUGUGUGUGAAGAAGGAGCUUUGCCUGCCAUCUGAUUCUCUGAGCCAUCUGAUGGGGAAAGAGAGAGCGCCGCUUCAAUGCGGAUUUCUAUUUAAAUGAAAGCGCUUGGCUGCGGCUGCUCACCGGCGGAACCGGCGCCAAUGCGCGCCCGACGCGCUCCCAUUUCUAGGCAAACAACAACAACAACAACAACAACAAAGUGUAAAUCGUUUUUGUUUCUCUGCACAACCACAAGGAUGGACUGAGACGCGCUGAAGGUAAAACGUGAACAGCUCGAGCAGGUCAGUGAUCUGUAUUUUUCGCGUGUGCGCGUUUGGAUAAAUGAUAGGAGAUACGAUGACCCUGCUGUCUCUUUUGGGCCGGAUCAUGCGCUAUUUCUUACUAAGACCGGAGACGUUAUUUCUGCUGUGCCUGAGCCUGGCUUUAUGGAGCUAUUUCUUCCACACCGACGAGGUGAAGACCAUCGUGAAGUCGAGCCGCGACGCCGUGAAAAUGGUCAAGGGCAAAGUGGCUGAGAUCAUGCAGCACGAGCGGUUCGGCCUGGACCAGGCGGAGUUCUCCAAGAGCUGGGAGCUGAAGAGCCCCGGCGCCGCCGUGUACGCCAUCCAGGGACGCCGAGAUCACAUGGAGGACCGCUUCUCCGUGCUCACCGACCCGGUCAACCGGAGCCACCCGUCUAUUUUCGGGAUUUUCGAUGGGCAUGGUGGAGAGGCGGCAGCAGAAUACGUGAAAACUCGCCUGCCCGAGGUCCUGAAGCAGCACGUACAGAGUUAUGAGAAAGAAAAGGAAAACAGUCUUUUAUCUUACCAAUCCAUCCUGCAGCAGCAGAUCCUCAACGUGGACAAGGAGAUGCUGGAGAAGCUCUCGGCCACCUAUGAUGAAUCAGGAACAACAUGCCUGGUGGCGAUGCUGUCUGAUAAGGAACUGACAGUAGGUAACGUCGGUGAUUCCAGAGGAGUUUUGUGCGAUAAAGACGGUAAUGCCAUCCCCUUGUCAUAUGACCACAAACCCUACCAACUUAAAGAGCGCAAGAGGAUCAAGAAAGCAGGUGGCUUCAUCAGCUUCAAUGGCUCAUGGCGCGUGCAGGGAAUCCUGGCCAUGUCUCGAUCCCUGGGCGACUACCCUCUCAAGAAGCUAAGCGUGGUCAUCUCCGAACCCGACAUCGUGACAUUUGACCUGGACAAACUGCAACCCGAGUUCAUGAUCCUGGCGUCGGAUGGCCUGUGGGACGCCUUCAGUAACGAGGAGGCGGUGCGUUUCAUCCGCGAGCGCCUCGAUGAGCCACAUUUCGGUGCCAAGAGCAUCGUGCUGCAGGCGUAUUACCGUGGCUGCCCAGACAACAUCACAGUCAUGGUGGUUAAAUUCAAAAAGAGUGGCGCCAAAGCGGCCGAGCAGUGAACCACGACUGAUAUGAACUAAUAAUAUAUUCAGUAUAUCAUCGGUAUGACUACCAGUUUAUUCGAAUAUAUUAUUAGCUCGUAUUUAAGGAUGCAAAAGGAAAAUCAUGUCGUGACUAUUUUUGGAGCAAGAACUGUUUAUUACAAUAAUGUCAAAUUAAAGUCAACUCAUGUCAUCCAGUCAUGUCAUUUUCUUAAAUCCUUUGUUUCAAAUAGCGCAUGAUGGAGAGAAAUUUCAUGAGCUUACAUAACCCCUUAAUAUUUUAGGCUAAUAUUCAUUUGUUCAUGUUAGUGAAUUAUUCAGUAAUUACUAUGGAUGAUAUAAUAGGUAUGUAGAUAUGGAAGUGAAGAAUGUAGGUACAGGAUGUGGGAUAUUCAUCGUUUAUAUAAUGCCAGUAUUGACAGGAGGGUUGUGGUGUUUUCAGGAAUUAAAGUGGAUUUUUUUUUUUUUUUUUCAGAUGAAAACUGAAGCCUUCAUUAGAAUUCGUUCUUAGGUCUAUGAUUUCUUAAGGCAAGACACCACAGGUCACGUCAACCAUUGUUUCGCUUUUUGUGUUAAUUGUUGUCCAAAGCGUAUGUUCCCAUAAGCUAUAGUAAAAAAAUAUAUAUAUCAAAAAUCAUCAGAAAAUUUUUUGAAUAAAAUUUUUUUUGUCCGCUCAGUUUUUAACGAUCACAAUAUCAAAAACUUAGCAACUCUAAAUAAGUAGCUCAAGUGGUUAAGGCUCUGGGUCAUUGACUGGAAGAUCAGAGUUCAAGCCCUAGCACCACCAAGCUGGGCCCUUGAGCAAGGCCACCAACCCACCCUGCUCCAGGGGCACUGCAUCAUGGCUGACCCUGUGCUCUGACCCCAACCCCCAAGGAUGAGCUAUGUGAAGAAAGAAUUUCACAGUGCAGUAAUGUAUAAGUGAUAAAUAAAGACAACUUAAAUUCAUCAAACAUCCCUGAAAAUCUUCUCUGCUGAAUUAUAUGUCAGUAUUGCAUUAAAAAAAAAAAAGUCUUCUUUAUAAAACCCUCAUUCAUUUUUAAACCCACUUUCUCCAAAUACUUUUGCUACACAACCUGCAUUCGUGAAAAUGUUCAUGUUUAUCACUAUCCCCAAUUAGAUGCGUAUUAAAGAGGUAGCAAAAUCCCAAAUAUUUAAUUCUUGUUAAAUUCACAUUCGAUUUUAUACUGAAAAUAUGGUGUAAAAUAUUUUUUUAUAGCACUGCAUGCUAGUUUCUUGAUUAAGCGAUACAAAAAUAAUUUUCUAACAAACUUUCAGUAAAUUUUUUUUUUUUUUUUUUUUUUUUUUGAGAAUGUCUUUUAAUUAUUACAUUUUUUGGAUUUUAUUUACUCUGCAAAUUCCUGGAUAUUAAAUGAUAAAAAAAAAAAAAACCUGCAUAAAUAUGCAUAAAUACAUGCACCUUUUUAAUAGUUAAGAAAAUAAGAUAGAUAGAUAAGAAAAAAAAUACUUCAGGCUCAGAAAACCAGCAACAAGCAAAAAUGUAAUUAUGAUAUUUGUUCUUUAUUUCACUUGUAGUGUCUUGCCUUAAAUCCUUCGGGCUCAUUUUAAAAAAAAUAAAUAAAAAAAUAAAUUUUAACCAAAACUGAUCUGAUAUGAUGCCUUUUGUAAACUCGAAAUGCCUGGACUCACAGAAUAACUAGUAUAAAGUUAUAAAAACAUCAUUUAUGAAGAUUUCUUUUUAAUGUUAUGACUUUAUCUGUUCUCUUUAUCCGGUUAGCGUUAAGUAUAAUAGCGAAUUCACAAUAAUCUUGAAGCGGUAAUAUAGUGAAGAGAUAGUGGUUACGCGUUGUUUUAAUCAUUACUUCCUGUUGUACCGCAGCGUUGUGGAGUUCUCGAAUCUGAUUGGUCAGAAGGGGUUCGUUAUCGUUCUAUACCAUUAGCUCCAGCUGGAAUUCAAAUUAGGUUAGGUUUAUAUUAAUGUGCUUGUUCUGAUCUUUCCUAGUAACAGCUGAUUGAUAAGGACUUAUAAUUAAACAGAUUUACAAGGGGUUUGGUAUUUAACAAAGGAAAACGGUGAUCGUUGCUAAUGGCGAAGUUUUCUGUAACAUCAUGUUUACUUAACGUUUAUGGAAGGAGUCUCCAGUUUCAGUGCACUUUCUGGUUUCUCUGUGUUUUUGUUUUGUCAUGGUGAGGGAAUAACUUGUGUUACGAAUGAAUUUUUAAUAUUUUAGGUUGUGUCUUUAUUGAAAAAUCAUCAACAGUGAAGAGGGGAAAUGGCAUCAUGGUAUCCUGUUGUUGUUUUUUUUCCUUACAAUCUGUGUGUGCUAUACAUUUUAACAGGCAUUGCUUGCUUUUGGUAAAUUCGUCUUUCUCUGUCUCAUCUUGUGCUUUGGCCCCAAGUGUUGUAAUAAAACCAUAAAGGAAAGCUGGUAGAUAAAUAACGUGUGCUAUUACAGUAUAUACAGUUGUAGAGAUGAUGCUUCUUUGGUUUAUUUUUGAUCCUAAUUCAGUCCAAAUCCUAAUAACUGCAGCUGUUAACACACGUCAAAGCGAGUGUGGCAACUAAUAUAACUUGUAUAACGUUGUGUGCAGAAAACAAAAAAAGACAAACAUGUUCUUGUUGCCUUAUUUCUACAUUUUAUCAUUAUAUUAUUUUGUUGCUUCACCCCAAUGUUAGACUUUCAUAAAGUGUUGUCAUGCACAUCAAAUGUAAAUAUGAUAUUUUGCAUAUUGAAGUCUCGUUGAGACAGACUAAUAAAGUGAAUGUACAUAUUGAAUCUUAUUAACCACAAUUCCAAUAAUAUUAAAAAAAAAAAAAAAAAAAAAA